GCGACCAGCGACGCGCAAGGAGUCAGCAAAAAUGACGACAGGUGGGCGCCCGACAGCGAUCGUGAACAGAUGAUUGCCGGUUGUCUAAGAGUGUUGUCCACGUCGACAUGGACGAAAGUCUGGAGCGUUGCGUAAAGUCCCUCGAAGAGAAUACGGAAGAUGUGCGCGAUGAAGCUCGACGAGCGUUGCUGAGUAUUUGCCGGAAUGUGUUGAGAUCACCGAACAAUUACAGGUCCCGCGAACUACGCCUUGAUGACGAGGUUGUCGUUGAGAAGCUUCUGCCGGCCAUGGGUGCUCUGGAGUGUCUGUUCGAUGUCGGUUAUGUCGAGGAUGGAGAACGCAUAUUCUUACCACGAAAUGCGUCCCUCUUGAAGCUCCAGAGUUUGUCAAGACUGUUAUGCACUGCGACAGAAAGCAGUCCCAUUACCGACGAUGUUAACAAGAGUUCUACAGCGCAGAAAACAUUUUUCGAUAGAAUUGUUGGACAUUUUCGUGAUGUUCUGUACUACGAAGAUCCGAAUUUACAAAAAAAGGCCAAAAGAGUUGUACCUGUUGUACAAUUAGAAAUUGCGACAAUGACGAAGAUGAGGGAUCUACAAAAAUCUUUUAAAUUAGAGAACGCUGAAGCUACCUCUUCACAAUUCGAGGCAGAAUUGAUAGCUAAAGAUUUAUUUCUGCUCGAGCUUCUACGCUGGUUUAAGUAUGAAUUUUUUAAAUGGGUCAAUAAUCCAAAGUGUUCCACGUGUUUCACUGAAUGUACAUACGAAAAUGUGAUACAUUCUGUAAAUCCUCAUUGCUCAAGGAUAGAGUUGUAUAGAUGCCAAAAGUGCAAUAUAGUAGUCGAAUUUCCUCGUUAUACGCAUCCAGAGCCACUGCUAAUCUUGAGACGCGGUCGCUGCGGGGAAUGGGCUAAUGUCUUCACUCUUUUAUGCCGAUCGUUAGGCUACGAUGCGCGAUUUAUAUGCGACGAAACAGAUCACGUCUGGACAGAGAUAUGGUCGGCAUCGAACAAGAGAUGGAUUCACGUAGACCCAUGUGAAAACAUCAUAGACAAGCCAUUAAUGUACGAAAAGGGAUGGCAAAAGAAAUUGACAUACAUAAUAGCCUAUUCCAGAGAUGAGGUACAGGAUGUUACGUGGCGUUAUACGCGAGACCAAAAAGCCGUCAUGAAGAGGCGAAAAACUUGUGCUGAACAGAGCUUAAUACAUUUAAUUCAAUCGUUGACUUACCAGCGGCAAAAUUCUGCCAAUUACAGUAGCGCGCGUAGGGAGUACGUUGUCAAGCGGAAACUGUUGGAGCUCGCCGGUAUGCUAUACAUUUCAAAUUCGCAGAAGGACUCCGACGAAGAGGUCUACGAGGGGCGAACCUCGGGUUCUCUUAUGUGGAGAUUGGCACGAGGUGAAAUUAUGCAGGCCGACACGGAGAAGAGUUACAUUUGGGACAUUUCGAAAUACGGAGAAACGUUCGAACUGCGGUACAACAUCGUUAAAGAUCUAUAUUACGUUGUGCGUAAUAACGGUACCAUUCUGGAAGAGAAAUCUGGAUGGCUGGAAGGGAUGAACACCAUGGAAGGUGGAGUCUUCCGUAAAGUGGAGAACGAUUGGAAGAUGGUUUAUUUGACGCGAUCCCAGCAAGCGAAACAUGGAAGUGUUAAAUGGACUUUUGAAAUCCCGAAUUCCAAAUCGUGUUUAGAGACAUUGACUCUGAAAGCUAAGUCGAAGGUGUUUCAAAAUGCCAUGGUAUCCUGGGAGAUCGAGGCCAUUUUCGAUAACGACAGAGCAGUCACAAUAUCCGUUCCAAACUGCAGUAACUUUCACACGGAAGAAGUGAGAAAGGCGGUGCGAAUAAAUGUAAUCGUAACGUUGUCCGGUGGACAAGGUCAAGAAGCUUGGCAGCACGCUCAACUCUUUCGACAGAGUCUGGAUAAUACUGAGGAGCCGUCUAUGAUAAUUAAUAUUCAAUUGAAAAAUCAUUCCGUAUGAUUCUAAGCCUGUACGCGCUCGUUCAACUUUCGUAGAUUGAAUUAUUUAUGUAAUCUUUUUUUGUCACAGUGAUUUAUUGUAUAAAAUAUAGCAUUGUUUUGGAUAAUAUAUAACUGUCAUCUUUCAUAAGGAUAUAUAUGGAUAAAGACUUGUAUGGCUACUCUUAGAUACAAUUCGAUUAGACACGAGCCACUCGUAGCGCUUGAUUGAGAUUAGAAAGUCCCUAGUCACUGUGAUGUCCAAUCGGUGGUGUCCAAUCGAGCUGUGGUCAAUUGGGAUCUUCCUGACUUGUAUAUAACGUUAAUCAAAUCAAUAUCAAAUCUCUGCAUAAAUUAUA